GUGUCUGGGGAGUGGGGCAGACGCCAGGGAUUCGCAGGGGGCGGGGGUCCAAGUUGCCGAAAGGACCGGAGAGAGAGGGCGCACCGAGAACGCGGCUCCAGAAAAGACCCCAGAGCGCGUUGCCCCCUUUCUGCUGGGCCCUUUUUGGGCCUGGAAGACAGCGCUGGAGGAAGGUGUAGUGACUGUUCCACGGGCAGGUCCAACGGGCGCUCCUCCAAGCGGAGCCUUGGAGGGCAAGGCCGGCACCAUUACCUCCAACGAGUGGAGCUCUCCCAACUCCCCUGAGGGGAGCAACGUCUCUGGGGGCAGUCAGGCACUGGACAAGCCCAUCGACAACGAUGCUGAGGGUGUGUGGAGCCCGGACAUCGAGCAGAGCUUCCAGGAGGCCCUGGCCAUCUACCCGCCCUGUGGCCGGCGUAAAAUCAUCCUGUCGGACGAAGGCAAGAUGUACGGUCGGAAUGAGCUGAUUGCCCGCUACAUCAAGCUUCGGACAGGGAAGACCCGCACCAGGAAGCAGGUCUCCAGCCACAUCCAGGUGCUAGCUCGUCGUAAAGCCCGCGAGAUCCAGGCCAAGCUCAAGGAUCAGGCAGCUAAGGACAAGGCCCUGCAGAGCAUGGCUGCCAUGUCGUCCGCCCAGAUCAUCUCGGCCACGGCCUUCCACAGUAAAGUGGCCCUCGCCCGGGGCCCGGGCUACCCAGCAGUCUCAGGGUUUUGGCAGGGAGCUUUGCCAGGCCAAGCCGGAACGUCCCAUGAUGUGAAACCUUUCUCUCAACAGCCCUACUCUGUCCAGCCUCCGCUGCCUCUGCCAGGGUUCGAGUCUCCUGCAGGACCCACCCCGUCGCCCUCAGCGCCUCCAGCACCCCCAUGGCAGGGCCGCAGUGUGGCCAGCUCCAAGCUGUGGAUGUUGGAAUUCUCAGCCUUCCUGGAGCAGCAGCAAGACCCGGACACGUACAACAAGCACCUGUUCGUACACAUCGGCCAGUCAAGCCCGAGCUACAGUGACCCCUACCUCGAAGCCGUGGACAUACGCCAGAUCUAUGACAAAUUCCCAGAAAAGAAGGGAGGCCUCAAGGAGCUCUUUGAACGGGGACCCUCCAAUGCCUUCUUCCUUGUGAAGUUCUGGGCAGACCUCAACACCAACAUCGAGGAUGAAGGCAGCUCCUUCUACGGAGUCUCCAGCCAAUACGAGAGUCCUGAGAACAUGAUCAUCACCUGCUCCACCAAGGUCUGCUCCUUCGGCAAGCAGGUGGUGGAGAAGGUUGAGACAGAGUAUGCUCGCUAUGAGAACGGCCACUACUCGUACCGCAUCCACCGCUCGCCGCUCUGCGAGUACAUGAUCAACUUCAUCCACAAGCUGAAGCACCUGCCCGAGAAGCACAUGAUGAACAGCGUGCUGGAGAACUUCACCAUCCUGCAGGUGGUCACCAACAGGGACACACAGGAGACCUUGCUGUGCAUCGCCUACGUCUUCGAGGUGUCGGCCAGUGAGCACGGGGCUCAGCACCACAUCUACCGGCUGGUGAAGGAGUGAGACGCAGGGAGCGGGGAGGGGGGAGGGGCCCUGCAGGGGCAGCCUGCGGAGGUGCCACAGGGGAGCCGAGCCGCGUGGCCGUGACUCUUCUUCCUACCCAGCAACAGACUGUGCCUGAGCCUGCAGUGCCCAACCCCCAAUAAACCCACGGUGUUGUGUAUUUUCGGAGGACCUGGUCUGGCUGUAUGAGCCUCGGGAGGGGCUGAGGGCCGCCUGUGGGCAGACCGGAAGUGGUGCCCAGAGAGGCCCUGGCCCUGGGCGGACUCAGCCAGGAACCUGGCCCAACGCCGAAGCUCCGCUGCGAUGGCCCCUGCGCUGUGGUGCCGGCUGCACCGGGAGGCCCGAGGAUAGAUCCAUGCAUGGACCCUGGCGCCCACGGCCUUGUGUGUGUGACUGCCUCUGUGCUCCCUGGCCACCCUGCUGCUCCCCUCCGGCCGGCCCAUGCCACCAGGCCUAGGGUUUUAGGUGUGGAGGUGACAGGUGUCGGAAGGGGACAAGCUCAGAGCUCUCCCAGGAGUUCUCGUCCGUCUCCCCCAUCGCCGUCUCCGUGGCCACAGCUGGGGGUCGUGGUUCCAGAUCCCCGGGGGCCCCAGGCAGGCUCUGCAGAGGCAGCCCAGGCAAUCUGAAGGCAGAGAAGAUCAGGAGGUCGGUCUGCAGUGUGGCGUGCCCGUGGCCCUCGGGGGCCCCUGUUCAGAUGUUUUCUGGGUGCCCAGAGCUGGGGCCCUGCUUGGAGCCAGCCCUAGGCUGUCUGGCGCCUGCACACCGGGCAGUUUCUCUGCUCCCUGGGCAUGAGGAGCAGGGAGUGCACCCCGCCUAGGCCCCGCUUGGUUGGCUGCUCUUGAGAGAGCCAGUGGGGCCUUAGGUUAGGCUGCCAUGGCCUGGGGGCCCUGCCAGCCUUGGUACCUUUUCUUCCCUGUAAAGUGGAAGGAGGGGAGAGAGAGGCUGGGACCUGCCUGGUGCACACAGGCUGAGAGCAGGUCUGAUGAGCACCCUCCCCGCCCUCAGCUCGCUGCUGCCACCUGCUGACGCUGGUAUCCUCUGCUGGGUCAAGGGCAGAGGAUUGAAACCACAGACCUACAAGGGUGCCUGGUGCUCCAGAUGUUCAAUGGGAAUAUGAAAAUUAGAUUUUUUUU